CGGAAGUGAGAUCGAUAUCAACAACCUAGGUUACAAGUUAGUGAAAACUUUACUUCACUCGAAAGCGAAAAGCUUCCCAAGUUUCAAAGAAGAUUAAAACAAUGCCGUGAGAUUUACUGGUACGUUAUGGGUGAGGCAUUUUUCCAGCGUGUCGUCGAAGUGGAGUGUUAUCUGCUCGAACUCAGAGGCUAGUUUAGCAGCCGAAGCAGCUAAGUUGGCUAACUUUUGUCAGCUGACUUAUGUGAAUUCAUUUUGUCAGUAGCAGUAUGUAAACAGUAGACUAAUAUGCACAGGCGUAGCUCUGCGUUUGCAUUUAACAAGGUUGCAGGUGUAGCUUGGUUGUAUGCUCGCUGUCGUUGACACGUCCAGGAAGUUUUUAUGCGGCACUGACAGAGCAGUGCAGUUUGCAAUGGUGCUGCAGCUGCUCCCACCUGUCAACUAGCUGGCCCCUCUCCUCCUCUUCUCCUAUGGCUCACUGCGGCUCCUCCGAGCCGAACGCUAAGGUACAGACUCCCCGUCCUGCGGAAAGCAUCGCGUCCUCGCAGGGCAGCGUCGACCAGAGCAUGAAGCCGGUAUUGUUCGAGAUCUUCGGCGAGAUGUGGACCGUCGAGUCCAGGCUUGGCCAGGGAGUCUCGGCCUCGGUGUACAGGGUCAGCUCUGGCAGAGCCACCACUGCUGCUGUCAAGGAGUUUCAGGCAGACACUCAGGGAGGAGACUACGGGUAUCACAAGGAGAGGACCGUGCUGGAAGACAUCCAGGGACACAAAAACAUAGUCACUCUGUAUGGGGUGUUCACCAACCACAGCUGUAUGGGUGUUGCUACCCGCUGCCUUCUUCUGGAGCUCCUGGAUGUCAGUGUGUCUGAGCUGUUGGUGAGAGGAAGCAGUGGCACUCAGGGUGGUAGAUCACAGCAGGGUCACUCUAUGUGGCUAGUCCAGCAUUGUGCCAGAGACAUCCUGGAGGCCCUCGCCUUCCUUCACAGAGAGGGCUACGUCCAUGCUGACCUCAAGCCACGCAACAUCCUCUGGAGCGCUGAUGAUGAGUGCUUCAAGUUAAUUGACUUUGGCCUCAGCUUUAAAGAGGGAAACCAGGAUGUCAAGUACAUUCAAACAGACGGCUACCGAGCUCCAGAGGCUGAGCUUCAGAACAACCUUGCUCAGGCCGGUGUAGAGGUGGAGGGGGACUCUGGCUGCACGUCUGCAAUUGACAUGUGGAGCCUCGGUAUUAUCCUGUUGGAGAUGUUCUCAGGAAUCAAACUUAAAGACACUGUCCGCUCAAAGGAGUGGAAGGAUAACUGUGCUGCCAUUGUAGACCAUAUUUUUGCAAGCAACAGUCUGAUGUACCCUGCCAUCCCCGUCUAUCACCUCAGAGACCUUAUCAAAAGCAUGCUUCUCAACAACCCAAAGCAAAGAUGCACAGCUGAAACUGCCCUGCUGAGCCCAUUCUUCAGUAUCCCCUUUGCUCCUCACAUUGAGGACCUCGUCCUGCUGCCUUCUCCUGUCCUGCGUCUGCUAAACCUGAUAGAUGACAGCCAUCUGCACAACGAGGAAGAGUAUGAAGACAUCCUGGAGGACAUGAAAGAGGAAUGCCAGAAGUACGGCUCAGUGGUUUCUCUGCUCAUCCCCAAGGAGAAUCCGGGGAAAGGACAGGUCUUUGUUGAGUAUGCCAACUCCAGUGACUCCAAAGAGGCUCAGAGGCUGCUGACGGGCCGCACCUUUGAUGGGAAGUUUGUUGUUGCCACUUUCUAUCCUCUCAGCGCCUAUAAAAGAGGUUACUUGUACCAAACUGUGCAGUGAAGUCCUAAAGCUUGAGUUUAUACCUCUGCACUGUUUGCAUGAAAAAAACUCAACUGCAUAGAGCACCAUAGGGGGGCUUGUCUUUUUCUCCCAAUAGAUAUGCAGCUAAUUUUGAGUUAAUGCGUGUAGUAAAACUUGGGCAUGUUAUCCAUGUAGUUUUCAAGAGCACAUCCAGUGUUUCAUGCAGAGUGUAAACUAAAGACUUUGAUUCUGCUGCCUCCAGUCUGUGCAUUACUCUUAUCAAUGCACAACCUUUUAGUGCUUUAAGGUAACCUACACCUUUAUUAUUUUAGAACUCUGAACAGAACUUUAUAAUCUGGCCUCCAGAGUUCACAUUCAAACUACCAUUUCACUGUCAGUUAUUCACAGAAUUUCACAGACUUCAUUAUAAGGAUAUUAAACCUUCCAUUAUUAGGGUUGCAAAGUAAAAGCCUUUGUUAAAUAAUAAUGUUAGGAAUGGGACUCAUCCUUGAGGGCUAAAUAGUUGCAUCUCCUUGAUAAAGUGUGAGUGAAACUCCAAAUAUCAUCACUUGAAUCAGGGAUGUGAUUAUGAACAUGUAGCAUGAUGACAUUGAUCUCCCAGCAGUCAUGAGUGGGGAAAAACUUUUGUCAAAUAAGAGUUUCCUGUGGCAGAAUAAUAUUCUAUCCUUGUUAUAUGAGUAAUGUUCUUAUGUUAAUGUUCCUUAUUUAUAUUAGUUGUGUAGAUUUAAGUGAUAAGUAACAAUAUGGUACAGCAGGAUCUGCAGUUAUCCUCUGCUGGCUCCUCAGGCAGGUUUCAGGGAUGAUGCCUUUAGUUGGUAGUCGUAACACACUAAUUGACUCUCUGUUGUUACCGGAGCAGAGCUGAGGGCUUCUAAUGUCCUGCCCAAGCCUUAUGUUUUCUAACUUUUUGUUUGCAGAAUGUCUAAGAGUGAGAGCAUAAUUAUUGUUAGUUUCUAUGCUCCCAUUUACUUUGUGUUUGGUGUUUGACUGCAACACUGAAAGGGCACAUAAAGACAAUAACACUUUGAAUACAUGCUGAAAAUGGGCAGAUAUAUUAAAGAUGUGUCAUCAGAAAGUGAUGCAUGAAUUGUUUGGAGUGCUUUAUCCAGUAGGAAGAAGACUCUCUGAACAAACAACAAAAUGAACAAAUUAGCUUUAAUUCUCUCUUAUUUUUCUUACCAAGUUUAUUUAACUCUGUGGAAUAUGAAUUUGACUAAGCUGUGUAUUGUUGUGUUUUCUUUUUGCAAUUGCCAGUUUACACGCUUGAGUGUUCAUCCGUCAUGUAGGAAUUUAAAGCCACUGUAUGCAAAACAUUUAGGGUGUUUGUCAGAUAUUACUAACAGCUCAUGUUGUUGCUGUACAAAACAAAGGCAGUCGCGAUUUGAGCUGGUGCAGUCUGUUUGUCUCCAAAGUCAGAGUUGUCAAAUCCUUCAUAUAGUAGCUUUAAAGAGUGACUAGCAGGAGCUAAAGAGAGACUAUGCAGCAGUUUGUGUACUGACCAGAGAGAAGUAGGGACAUUUUAUAUAAUUGUUGUGUUUGAACUGACUCUCUCGGUCUUUCAAAAAAAUUUCUUGAGAAACUACAGCAAUUAAAUUUAAAUAUAGUGAGUUUAAUGAAUCAGCAUAAAUGUAAUGAAUUAUGCAGUCUUGAAACGAAUUAAAUUGUGUGGUUCUUGAAUGACUUUAAGACAGAUUAACUGUAGAGUCGCGUGAUUGUGUUUGAUAGCAGCCCGAGAGCCAACCUGCUUGGCAUUUACCGUAUGAAAAUAUUUUUGGGCGUUUUGCCUUUAUCUAACAGAGACGGCUGCAGAAUGACAGGAAAUGUUGAAGACAGACAGAUGGAGAGAGAGAUAGAGAGAGAGAGAGAGAGAGAGAGAGAGAGAGAGAGGGUGUGACAUGCAGAGAAGAGGCCAGGUUGGACCUGUACUCAGGCCACUAGGAAUGACUCUGCCUUAAUGGUUGGCACUAUGAUAGGUGAGCAGCAUGGAUGUAUUAUUCAGAUCUGGAUACUUCACUCACUUCAAAAGUUUGUCAACAUUAUUGGCCUUUUUUUUUUGGUAUGCAAUUCUAGUUUCUCCCAUUUAUUCUGGAUGAGUAGGACCUGAUAAUUUUAAAAGUUCAGCUUUGUCUUUGAAAUUUUGAGCAAAAAUGAUUUCAAAUCAGCACAAUUAUCUAACAUCUCAAAGAAACCACCUAAAACUUCUGUGAAAAACUCUUAAACAUAUUUUCAAAGUUUCCCAUAAAACUACCCCAAAAUGUGUUAAAAUACUCUUCAAAUGUUUCAGUGAAACUUUAUCAUAAAGCCAAAUUUUUUUUAAGAUUUUCCCAAGGAUUCCAUAUAAAUUCCUGAAAUUUCUCAAAAAGUAACCCAAAAUCUUAACACAAAUUCCCCCAAACAAAUCCCCUAAAAUUUCCAUGAAAUCUGAAACCUGAAAUCUGACACCUUCUCUAUCAAUUCCUAAUCAAAUUCCCAAAAUUAAAGAAUAAUUUCCCAAGUAUUCUUGAGAAUACCUCAAAGGUUCACAGUCAAUUUCCCCCCAAAGUUCAACUUGAAUUCCCAAAAAUUACAAAUUCAGAAUUCCCUCUGAAAAACUUUAAAUGAAACUCUAAAAAAAUACAAAAAACCCAAAACUUCCCUGAAAAUUCUUGCAAAUUUCCAAUUUAUAUUCCACCAAAUUUCUCUGAAAAUUGCUCAAAUUUCAUAGCAAAUUCUCCCAGUAUGUCAAGUGAAUUACUCAAACUUAAGCGGACAUUCCAGACAUUUAACUCAAAAAUCUACUAGUAUAAAUUAAAACUAUGUUGUAGGACAGCCAAAAUGUAAUGUCCUCAUGUACAUGCAGUUUCUUAGGAGGUAAUAGAUUUCUCCAUUAAAGUGUUGAUUGAGCACCUUAACAUGCAUGCAAUGAAAUUAAGAUCAUUAUGGAAACUAUUGACAUUACAAAGAAGUAACCGCAGAAAUAACAACCUUUUUGGUAAUGUGUGCCAGACUUGUACAAUUCUCAACUCGUAAAGCAUCAGGACUUAUAAUUUUCCUCCACAUGAGCAAUCGCAACCCAAGUUGAAAAAAAAAAAAAAAUCAACCGCUGACACUAAGUUAAGGAAAAAUGUCUGCAUCUUAGGUGAAAGAAUACCUGACUGAACAGAGAGAAGUACGGAAAAAAACAAACAUAUUUAAGUGGACAGAGUUGUAAGCAUACAUUUUAUUUUACUACUACAGAAACUGAGAAUUUAACUAAAACCAGUAGUAGUAGUCAUUUCAGUGCUCAACUAAAAAAAUGUUUCUUAAUCAUUAAGACAUUUGAGAGAGAAAAACCUACCUGUUGUACUUUUAAAGUAUUACUUGUUUUUAUUUAAAACAUGAUAAUAGAAAUAAGAGGCAUGGAUACUUAUUUAUAAAUUGACUUUAACGUGAAAGUUUUAAAAAAUUAGAAAAACUGAAUCAAUUACUGUGAUAUGUGCUGUAUCAUUGUAUCCCUACUGGACUGAAUAGCUGCCCUCUUUUGGAUCAGGUGUCCAGAUCUAAAUAUUACAUCAGGCUCAGUGUUUUUGCUGUGGAAUAUUUUUUUGUAGUAGAACUAGUCUUCUUUUUUCACUGGCAUUUUUGUUCUUUUGUCUUUUCCUAAUAAGACGUCAAAGAUGUAGUACCCCCACCCUAUCACAGAUAAACAUUAGGCAGUUUCUGCACAAGUGCCCUAUGACAUUCAAGAUAGCUAACUAACCAAAAUGCUGCUAUAAAAACGGGUUGUGCUACACCAACAUGCAUUGCUUCCUUAUGUAGCCUGAACCGUCUCAUAUGCCUUAGAGAGUAAUCUCUUCCCAGCUGAUGUAGUUCUGCUCAAUGACAAAACUAACUGUUUGAGUGUCUUCGUAAAGAUAAGUUCACAUCUUAAUCUGAUUUAUGGCUAUUACAAUUGAUAAUGACAAUGUUGGAUUUAUUCUGCUGUUAAUCACAGAGUUUGAUAAAACUGAUAGCAUUAGACAAGGGAAGAAGGUCAGCAAAAUGACUCAGUUUAGCUGCGAUUUCAAUCAUGGAUACUUAAGUUUACUAUUGUUAGCUAACAUGAGACAGCACACUGACAGUUUAAUUAUAAAGUCUGGUGUGUGGAGACUUCAAACAGGUUAACUCCUGUUGUAAGCACAAGUAUGUAGUUCACCACUUUCUAAAUGGCUAGCGUCUUUAGCGUACCUGAAAGAUCUUCACAAGAAAUGAGAAAAUAUUUGAUAUUCACGGAUGUGCAAAUCAUCCUUUUCCUGUGACCAAUUUACCAAAUAAUACGCGGUUCCCUCCUUGUUUAAAAAAGUAUUUGAAAUCUUGUAAAUGAUGGAGAGAAAGCUGUUGUGUGGUAUUAUAUAAAAGCCUAAAAAAAUGUAUUUUUCUAUAGAUUUUAUUGGUUUGUGCCUAGACUGUGAAUUCCAAAGGUUCCACUCGACAGUGUAGCUGGCCUAAAAAUCUUAGCAGUGCUGAAUCAUCAGUGGUACGUAUGCUUGAUUGUCAGUGUUGUUAGUUUGAAACCAAUUACAAAAAUGUGUUUAAAUCUAAAGAACACAUUUUCUUCCACAACUGAUUGAUAUUUUUAUAGUUUGUGAAAGAGCUGGUACAGAAAAUGGAUGUGUCCAGAUAUUCCUUUAGGGCCUUUGAAGUUUGUUUUGGUGUUUGAAUUUUAUUCAGAAUAUAUUUCGCAUAAGCGUUUCAUUCUGUAGCUUGUAAAGCAAGGAGAGUUUGACACUGCUACAAGACGACACCCUCUUAUUGUGAGACGACAGUGCAUGAUGACCAAUAACUGUGUGAGUUGUGCUGCUGUUUACAUACUAAGCAGAUGUGUAAGUGUGUAGGGAUGGGAAUCAAGAACCGGUUCCAAUCGGUUCAGUCUGUCGAUAUCAUUUACGUUUAAUCUUCACAAUUCCCUAAUCGAUGCCUUACUUCAAGUUGCGGUCAGCACAAACAAGAACAGAGAAGUCGAGGAAGCAAACAUCUUAGACCGUCACAAAAAGUGGUUUAAUUUCUCAAAAAAAAAAAAAAAAUGACACAAUCAGCAUGAUGUACAAUUUCUGUUUGACUGUAAUUUCAUGAAAGGCAUGCAUCUUUUGGCACAAGAGCUGUUAAUUUUUUACAGGAUUUCAGUUUACUUUUUAUAUGUCCAGGAAUCUAGGUUCCAGAGACUGCGUUUAUAUUUAUUUUAAGUUUUUAUCUUUUACAUGAAAUUAGCAGUAGUGUUGUUUUCUAACUCAAGUUCACAGACUGAAUGUCCAGAAAGCAGUUUGUUACCUCCGCCAAGGAGGUUAUGUGAUUGGCAGGGUUUGUUAGUUUGUUAGUUUGAUUGUUAGCAACAUAACUCAAAAAGUUAUGGAUGGAUUUUGAUGUAAUU